UGACUUCUUUUACCAGGUAUUUGUAAGCAUCCACUUGCAGAAUUUAACAUAAGAAACGAGGCAAUAUAGAUCCAUAGGCGCGGAGUGAAACUUGGUGUUGCAGCUGUUGCUCGCAUUGCAUCAGGUUAAAGUUAAACUCUACUGACGUGAACGCGCCAGUAGCCUACUCAUUGCUGUUCCCGUCAUUUAUUAUUCAAUCUCACGCAUGCAUUAAAGCGCACAUGGGUGCAUGCACGCGAAGACUCAGCGGAUUGUAUCAAACCAAUCCUAAUGUGUCAGAUCUGUCCCAGCAACGCUCGCUGACUCCUGACACGCAGCAAUCGACGAUCAUGGCCUCUUAUAUCGGCAAUGAUUUCACAGAGCUGCGCUGUUUCCAUCAUUAAUGUCACGUUAAAAGACCCUCCGGCAUUUAGUUUGUGUCCUCGCGCUGCGUAAAUGAUCAGAAAAACGUACGGAAUCGUUAAAGCUGUUCUGCAGAUGCGCUGUAAGGACUGCGGAUCUUUCUUAAGCCUUUGAUUGCAAAAAAUAGCUGUGCAAUAUUCCAGGCGGUGACUCAGUGGGAAGAGGGCUUUGUAAAGACUGCUUCAAGGUGAUUUUGGAAAGGACUCGAGUCGUCGGGAUUUCUUGUGAGGAUUCAUCAUUUGCGAAUGAUGUGGGGUGGAAGAGAACCAGCUUGGCUCUGGAUUUGGGCCUGUUUACUGGUGACUAAUGUACUAGCUGGAAAAAGCUCUAAUCAGAAUGCAGAUGAGCAGAAAGACAACACCACCGUUUUCACCAGGAUUCUGGACAGCCUCCUCGAUGGCUAUGACAACCGUCUAAGGCCCGGUCUUGGAGAGCGCGUAACAGAAGUCAAGACUGAUAUUUUUGUGACGAGCAUUGGGCCGGUGUCGGACCAUGACAUGGAGUACACCAUAGAUGUGUUCUUCAGACAGAGCUGGAAGGAUGAGAGGUUAAAGUUCAAAGGUCCCAUGGCUGUGCUUCGUCUUAACAACCUGAUGGCCAGCAAAAUAUGGACCCCCGACACAUUUUUUCACAACGGCAAGAAGUCAGUGGCCCAUAAUAUGACUAUGCCCAACAAACUCCUGCGGAUCACAGAAGAGGGCACUCUGCUCUACACCAUGAGGCUUACAGUCAGAGCUGAAUGCCCCAUGCACUUAGAGGACUUCCCGAUGGACGCCCAUGCUUGCCCUCUCAAAUUUGGCAGCUAUGCCUACACAAGGGCUGAAGUGGUGUACGUGUGGACACGAGGGGCAGCGCAGUCUGUGGUGGUGGCUGAUGAUGGCUCCCGACUCAACCAGUAUGAUUUGAUGGGACAGACUGUAGACUCGGGUGUGGUGCUGUCCAGUACUGGAGAGUAUGUUGUCAUGACAACACAUUUCCACCUCAAGAGGAAGAUCGGAUACUUCGUCAUCCAGACGUAUUUGCCAUGCAUUAUGACAGUCAUUCUCUCCCAGGUGUCCUUCUGGCUAAACAGAGAAUCUGUCCCUGCCAGAACUGUGUUUGGAGUGACCACUGUUCUGACCAUGACAACCCUGAGUAUCAGCGCUAGAAAUUCUCUCCCAAAAGUGGCCUAUGCUACAGCCAUGGACUGGUUCAUUGCCGUAUGCUACGCCUUUGUCUUCUCGGCUCUCAUUGAGUUUGCCACGGUAAACUACUUCACAAAGAGGGGUUACGCCUGGGAUGGAAAAAGUGUUGUGCCAGAAAAGCAAAAGAAGAAGAAGGAGUCUUUAUUGAAGAAGAACAACACUUACACCGCUGCAACGGCCACAUCUUUUGCUCCUAACAUUGCCAGAGACCCUGGUUUGGCAACUAUUGCUAAAAGUGCCCCCCCUCCCCCAACCGAACCCAAGGAAGAGCCCAAACCCAAGCCACCUGAGGCCAAGAAGACCUUCAACAGCGUGAGCAAGAUUGAUAGGAUUGCCAGAAUAGCCUUUCCACUGCUCUUCGGAACCUUUAACCUGGUGUACUGGGCGACUUACUUGAAUAAAAAGCCCAAAAUACAGGGUGCCCUACAACCCCACUAAUUCUAUAUCAUUUUCUUUGUUUUAUUUCAUUUGUUUCUGCUGUCUUUACAGUUACAAAAAAGUAAAAGGAAACUAUUUGUCUCAAAUUUGUUUCAAUGAUAGUCAAGCUCCCAUUCUGAAAUUGUGUCAACAUAUGUAACAUAUCUUCCUAAAUGAAAAAGAGGGGGUCUGCGUUAUAACCAUUGUAUUGAAAGGGAACUCUUACUAUAUAAUAUACACACAGACACAACACAGUAUAUAAUACUUGAGAAAAUGCACAUUCAAAUUGUUAAUGUUUACCUAUACCCAUGUCAUUCUAAACCUGUAUAUUGUAUUUUCUUGAAACACAUGAUCGCAUUUACUUUGUUUUGUAGUGAACACUUCUUAUCUUCAAGUCGACAAAAAAUUGCCUUUGUAAUCUAUCGUAACUCAUGGAAGUCCAAAGUGGAUGAAAAAUAUAAAGCAGCAUUAAAGUUGUGACUUCAUUGUAUUAGAAAUCCUUUGGGAGCUUGACAUCAUUAGUAGUCACACUGAACUGUCGUUGUAUAAAAAGAGCUGCAAACAGACUUCUCACCAAACUGCACUCAUGCUUCACAGAAAAAUAACAGCAUAUGGCUUUGGAAUGACAUGAAGGUAGAUGACUGAACUAUUUCUUUCAUUUGUUGCUCUUAACAUCAAAACGAAGAUUUUGCGAUAUAUGAGUUCAUGUAUUCGACUCGUUCGGUUUGCAUGGGGAAGCUUAUCCGUUUCUGUACCCUAUCAACAGCUUGAUUUGAAACGAUGCUACCUACAAUCACAGUCAGAUUGUGUUUUCUUUGUUCUGGAUAUUAUUUUAUCCUUUAUUCUUAUAUAGGAUUCCAUUAACAGCAAUAAAGCGUCUUGGUGGGGUAAAAGAAUCAUUUACUCAUGAAUAUAAAAAAUGUAGAGAAAUUCAUAGACUAUUGUGUAUAUCAUAAAGCAUAGUAUUUAUUUAGUUUUUAUGUAAAUAUAUCAAGUGUUAGAGAUGUCAGUAUAAUUUUGAGCUUUGCUAAUUGUAACUACAAGGCACAAACUCAGUGCUUAACACACACAUACACACACAGAGAAAGAGAGAGACGGUUGUGUUUCAAAGUUGUGCAACACAUGAAGGAAAUUCGGGUAUAUACUGUAAAUGAUCUCUUAAUCCACUAGACAUUAGUUUUGGAUUUACCUUUUGAUGAUUAAGUGUGUGCAAAUAUACGUAAAUAAAAACCAUGUUUGUACAUUUGCACACACGACACAUUUUGAGGAUGGACUGCAGUAGACACUUAGAAAGAAUGUAAACUAUUGUCUUGAUGUUGGAAUGCGAUUUUAUAUUUAGCAUUAAAUUCUUCUUUAUUCUGUAUGUUGGUUAAUGGUUUUUGUGACAGACUUUAUGGUUGGUGCACACACGAUAUGAAGAGUUCUGAAACUAUGUUUUAUGUGAUGCUAGCGUCACAUUCGAUUGAGAGUUAAAGAAGGUCAAGAGUGCCUUGUCUAUACAGUAUUUGCAAAUUGAAAAGGUACCUACAGUAUAAGGCGCUCUUAUCUCAGAUCCUUGUUCGCUGGGUUUAUCAUCAUUCAAAAACAUCACUCGGAAAGUAUCAGCUACACUGCCUUUUGUCUCACAUGCCAUUAGAAAGUAAACAUAUUUCAUUGCAGACCAAUCUGUCACUGCUUGUUGAUAAAAACGUGUCCGAAUAUUAGCCAGGUAGGCGAAUACACUGUUCUUCACACAUACGUCUUGUAGUGCUAUAACAAUGCCAAAUUUCUUUGUUUGUGGCAUGAUGUCAGUCGCUCUAUAAGCACCUAUUGAAAAGAAACCAAACUUGUAAAGUAUACCUGUCUAUUUUUGAGUGAUAAGAAGUUGAGGGACUUUAACAUACCAUACAUUACUUUGAUGUAGCAAUAUAGAUUAGUAAGGGCUUUUGUGAUCGAAACGAUAAGAGGCAUGACAUUUUGGUGAACUUCAAUUAUUAUUUUGCCUAAAACAUAUGAAGCUUUUGUUCUUUCCAUGUUUUAGCCAAUUUGUUCGGUUUCCACUGUGUUUACACAGCUCAGUAGUUUUUUUCUUUUUAAAGUUAACACAAAAUUGGGAUAUGUCAUUGGAUGUUUCUGGCACAUCAUCCCAUGUAUACGAUACAGAUAAAUGUUUGAUAACACAAUUUUAUUUGAAUCUUUGAUCAUAACAAAGACCUAUUUUGGAUAGUGUUGGGUUUGUGUUGACUGAUGACUGAUUAGUAACAGUACAGUAUGCAAAUACCCAUUAAUGGGUUCUUUUGGAGCCAGACUUUAGUGAAGGCAGUACAGUUACAGAUAUAUUAUGAUUUCAACUCAAGAAAGAGAGAGGGUCAGAGAGAGAGAAAAUAUACUGCAUUUAUAUUUUAAAUUCUUUUUUUAAAAGACGAAACUAUUCAUUUGUACCUCUUGUUAUGCAUUUUGCACACUAAAGGCAUAUUUGACAUUUAUGUAGUCAGCUUUGUGCUAUGCAAGAAUAGCUUUGACACAUUAUUUUGCCUGUCAUUUCCACUGUAACAUUUUAAAAAUAUUGUAGAAAGAUGGUCAACUUUGCACCUUACUUGGGGUCUUUUUGCCGUUGAAAAAAAAUAUAUAAAUGUGUUUCUGCAAGAUUGGUGGUAUAGAUAUGACAUAAUCCAUUUAAGUGACAUGGCAUUAUGGCAAUAAAAUAAAGACUGAUACAAAUAAUAAUUUAAUUAUUAUUCUAUUAUAACUUAUAGCUCUUUUGUUUUCCACAAUAUUCUAAUUGAAUGAAUAAUAUUUUAUAUGCAUCUAAUAUUUUAAUCAUCUAUGUUAUCAGUAAAGCAUUUAGAAUUAAUAUUUUUAUUUUUAUGGCAGAUUAUAGCACUUCAUAUGCAUACCAGAUUAUGAUAGUGAAUUAACUUUAAGAUUUUCUAUACAUUAAACAAAACAUGAAAUGAUUAAUGAAUGCUUGGAAAAAUUUCAGUGAACUAACUCAUCUUAAAGGAGGAAUAUGUGUGAAGAUAUGACAGACACAAAUAGAAACGGAGGUAAAAUAUGAUUUAUGCUGUUUUGUACACUAGGAAAUGGCUAUCGUCUUUGUAAAUGUUUGCUUUCUUAAUGUUAUGGCCCUGUAGAAUUUGAUUCUUUUCAUUAGUCAUCAAAUAAAAGGAAAUUGAAUAAUGUCAAAUUA